AGUAAAAAUUUAGGGUUCACUUGUUUGAACGGCAUAGAAGGUGCAGGUUUGGGAGCUACGCCUCCAUAGUAAAAAUUUUGUGUUGUAGGGUUUUCACAGUGUAAAGCUGUCAAUGGAUCGAGGGAAGUCCGGAGUGCGGCCGAGGCUAAUUCUUCCAUUGAGUGUAGAGGAGAGUGCAAGGCGAAGGGAGAUGCAGCUUCAAUAUUCAAGAGUGGUGAGAAGGACAAGAUGGAGGCCAACAUUGCACCAAAAACAGAUAUUAGCCUCUAUGUGGGCUUCUGGAAACAGAAACCCCUCUAAAGCCCAGAUAGCGGCGAUUACUGCUGUGUUACAGGAAAACGGAGGAGUCCAAGUCCAACCCAAAAAUGUUUAG